AUGGCAGAUACAGCAACCACAACCCCAGCCAAGAAGAAGGUUACAAAGCCUAAGGUGCCAGCAGCGCACCCCAAGUACGUUGACAUGAUCAGGGCCGCCCUGGAAUCUUUGAAAGAGCGUGGCGGAUCUUCCAGACAAGCCAUUCUAAAGUACAUAAUGGCCAACUACAAAGUCGGCAACGACGUCAACUCCAUCAACGCCCACUUGAAAAUGGCUUUGAAGAACGGAGUGAAGAAAGGUGCUCUGAAACAAGCCAAGGGCACAGGCGCCAGUGGCUCCUUCAAGCUUGGUGACAAGCCCAAGACUGAGAAGAAGCCAAAGGCCAAGAAAGUUGCCAAGCCUAAGGCAGCAAAACCCAAGAAGGCCGCAGCAGCAAAACCAAAGAAGGUAGCCGGAGAGAAAAAGACUGCAGAGAAGAAGAAGAAGUCCCCCAAGAAAGCAGCCGGACCGAAAAAGGUUAAGACUCCAAAGAAGAAGGCAGCAACUAAAUCCCCAAAGAAGGCAGCAGCCAAGCCAAAGAAGGUCAAGACACCUAAGAAGUCAGCUGCAAAGAAAGCCAAGACUCCCAAGAAGGCAGCAGCAAAGAAAUAA